GCUUUGCUGGGUGAUUUUACAUUGCUUCAUCUACACGUCUGUCAGUGCUCUUUCGGUUGGGUUUGAAACUAGAUGCGGUUCGCAGUGGUUGUCUGCUUUGUUCAUACCGGGUGUGUUAAUUUGAUCAGGACUUUUCGCCUUGUUUACUGCGAUGGAGAAAAAAACGAAGCGGCGAUUGGGAAUUGUUUUCCAUUUUUUGCAAUAGGAUUGCUAUGGCACUUGACUGAAAGGGAAAGCGCAAUUGUUUUAGUUUCAAUUUGAAAUGAGUCUGUCACCGGGAAGAGUGAUUGGCCAAUUAAAAGCAAAUCCAAUCACACCAAAUGUGGUGUUUCUUUCAAGUGAGCAGUAACUGAAGAGUUACGUGGGAAAGGAAUUCACAACGUUUGCUGUUUUCUACGAACAUGGACUUUACGUAUUUGAAACUGGCUGCAAUAUUUGUGUACAUAAAUAUUGGGUUGGCAAUCAGAGUGCAUUAUGGCAUACAUGCAAACAGAGUUGAAACGAGGUAUAGUGAACUUGGCAGAUCGGGAUCAAGGCAUACCAGGAUUGCACACCAAAUUUGCAAUAGCAUAAAGAAUUUUGGACCGUUUUUGAAAAAGUUAUGCGUCGAGAGAACAGAUCUGUACCUAGCAGUCUACCAGGGACUUACACAUGGCAUUAAGACGUGUCAGCUAGUGUUUGAAAAUGAGCGCUGGAAUUGCACACCAAAAGGGGAUCCAAUCAGAUCUGGAAUACUUGGUUUUGUAAUGGCCAGAGUGUCCAAGGAGGCAUCAUUCAUGUAUGCAAUGGCAUCAGCUGGCAUCACACACUGGGUAACCAGGGAAUGCUAUUUAGGAAAAAUUAAGAACUGUGGCUGCAGCAAAAACCCAAGAAAAGAGGCAAUAGCCAACGACUUUAAAUGGCACUGUGACGUAGAUGUUGGUAUAGGGAUGAAAAUAUCACGAAGGGUAAUGGAGGAUGGGCUUCUGAAAUGGGACGCCGAAGCACUCAUGAACCGACAUAAUAGUGAUCUUGGACGCAGAGCAGUGAAGAAGCACCUCUCCUUCCAAUGCAAAUGUUUCGGGCUUUCAGGAGUAUGCACUUCAAAGACUUGUCACCGUGCUCUAGUGCCUCGCAUUGAAACACUUGGCCUCUGGUUGAAAGAGAAGUAUAGAACAGCAGUGCACGUUAAGCCCUCGCGUAGGUCCAGCAGAAGUGGAUUUCCAAAGUUUUUGGUGAAACGGAAUGGCAAAGGAGCUCUACCAAACGCAGACAGCCUGAUUUACCUUGAUCUGUCUCCAAAUUAUUGUGAAAAGGACCCUUCCUCAGGUUCAAUCGGCACAAGAGGCCGUUAUUGCAACAAAACUUCCUCUGCAGGCAACAGUUGUGCACUUCUGUGCUGUGGAAGGGGGUACGAUACCCAUAUCCAAACAAUAAAGCAGAAAUGCAAUUGCAAAUUUAGAUGGUGUUGUGAGGUGGAAUGCGAAGAGUGCAAAAACACGUGCAAAGUGUACACUUGCAAAUAGCCACCCACAGUUACACUAAACUCGCCACAAUACUCACAGCAACUUCUGUUAGAGUCUGUACUGAAGUCUCAGGUUAGAAGAUAACUCAGGUUUUAGAUGGCUUUGACACCUUUACGUUGCUGUUGUCAUUUUGCGCCAGAAGCUCGAUGAAACUGAAGUAUUCCAAACUGUUCCAACAACUUAGUCUAAGCAGUAUGGACCUCAAAUGUCCAUUAAUAGGUAUCAUAGCUUAAUAAACCUAGGUCUUAUACAAGUAAAUAGGUAGAAUUUGAUCUUGGAGUUUAGUAGAAAAGCCUUUUGACGACACAUAUCCGAUUAACAUGAUCAGAGGGGGCGAUAGGGACGAUAAUGCAACUUAAAGGUGGGAUGCUUCUUGUAUCGUGCUUACGCAAAUAAAUCAAAAUUUAUCAAAUUCUGGCAAGCAUUGAAAAAUUUUAUGCGAACUUUUCGAAACCUAUAUAAUAAAACGAUGAGGGAGCCAACUAGGUUUUUCUCGAUGAUGGAAAUCUUUCAAACACUUAUUCAAAAGUUUGCUGAACUAAUACGUUUAUCGAAAGUAGCAAGGACCCGCCACUUUCAAUCGUCACGGGUCAUUUCUCUUUUACUCACGAUAACAGCAAGUAUAACCCCAUUCAAGUCACUGAACCCUUUAAUAGCAGCCCCAUGUUGGCGCCCUUCCAUUAGACAGUACAAAGAUUAGAUUAAGGCGAAUUAGUUAAAAUAUACAGAGUUCAUAACUUUACAAGAUGGUCAAGAAGUGUUGAGAUUUGGUUUGAUAAACACCUAAGAACAGCAAAAAACUACUCGCACCUCCUUAUUUUGUAAUGUACCUCCUUUAUAUAGAGACUCCAAAUAACAGACAAAGAAACUUAAAAUUUUCAUUUAAAGCAUGAAUAUCAGUAUUAGAGACAGUGAUACUUUAGAAGUAAAAAAGUACAUAGGCUGGUUAAGGAACAGCAUUUGUAAAGGAGUUUCGAAACCCUUUUUUAGAAACUUGUCGAGACCACGUCUUCAAGGCCAUUGAUACAUCCUCAAUUUGAAGUCCAAUAUCCGCGUAACACGUCACUUUACGUUACAUGAUUACCUAAGAUAAACUAGCUAGCACCUUUGAAAUGCUAAGCAAAACCAUGACAGUCUCAUUACUUAGAAACAUUGCAUAAAGUAACAAUCUAAAAGCUAUGUUUGAGAUAAGGUCAUAACAGUUUUAGUCCUAAGACAGCACGUUCUUUAAAAGAAAUGGUAACCAGAGAAUAGCAGAAGAUUUGAAAGUUGACAGUAGACUUAAGGCAAUGAAUGGUAGACGAUUCUUGAUUUCAAGGAGAUCAGAUUUGUAUGUAAUAAAGAAAAUAAAACUGCGAAAUGUUUUUCUUUGGAUGAUCUUUGCAACAGCAGAAAGGUUAAUCGCUAGACUAACAACAAACAGGCAGGCUCAACGCAAAAUUAAUCGCUUCGUUUGAAAGUAAUUUCAGAGUGGAAUAGAACGUGGGAAAAGUGUUCGUGAGAGCUGAAAGAGCUUUCAAAAUGGUGGUAAAAAACUAUAUUCACGCAAGGAUAAUCUGUGAAAGAAAAUAUUCACUGCCUCCGAAGCCAUCAGAGGAGAAAAGUGCUUGAUUAAGCACGCCUAUAUACACAAAGUUAGAAAAACGAAAUUUUCUCCCAAUUCAAUAUCUGGCUAUCAAAUGACUAGAGAUAAAAUUUGGUUAACAUAUGUCCAUAGUUGGACCUACUGCAUUGUACCAGUCAGUAAUGUUGAAAUGAAACUAAAGAUGUCUGCUUUCUAUAACAGCCAUGUAUACUGAGGUCAUACACAGGUUAUACAGAGCCACGACCACUAACGAAUAAGCAGAUUUAAAUGACAAACUUUCUAAAAUGUCGAAUUCCGCUCAAUUUUGCUUACGGAAUUCACGGCUAAUACGCAUCCCUUCCCCAAAAGACCAACGAGGAACACAAGACUGUCUAGACAGGCCAUUUGGACUGCAAGAGAUGCGAAGCUGGCAAAUUAUCAAUGAGCAAAAUGUACAUGUAGAGUUAUGAUAUAUUUUUUUGCUCAUGAUCUCGCCUCUUUUUCUGAAGUCCACCAAAGGCUUCAAAAAUUUGUUGGUUAAGUCAUGAAGGCUGAAGGAAGCAUUAAGAAUAAAUAUUUUGCUUGAUUUUGGAAGCAGAUCAAUUUGGGAUGCAGCGUGUAUGCGGCACGCAAGUUAUUUCAGAAAUGUUGAAAAAAAUCUAGUAUUCCAUUGAGAAAGAGUUGAGAAGAGUGCUCCAUUUACUUUUACAUUUCGGAGGAUAUUGCCACCUCCCUUCGUUCUGCAUAUUCCAUUUUGACAAAACUGAUUGAUUUUUUUCGUCUAUCUGCUCACAUUUGACCUUUUUUCAUUUUGUGGGUCAAGCAGACUGUAUUCACCACACCCUUGCAACGAAGAACAGACUCCAGUUGAUUGACGCGGUUUAGCACCAAGAU